CGGUCCUGAGGCGGGCGGCAUGGCGGCGUCGAAGGCGGCGGAGGCGGGCGCGCCGGGCGGGCUGCCCCGCUGGCAGCUGGCCGUGGCGGUGGGGGCCCCGCUGCUGCUGGGCGCGGGCGCCGUGUACCUGUGGAGCCGCAGCCGGCGGCGGCCAAGGCGGCCAACGCGGCGGGGGGCGGACGGCGCCCAGCGGCCCGGAGAGCGGAAGACCCCCGAGGGCCGGGACAGCCCCGCCGCCCCCAACGCCCGAGGACAAGACCCCGAGGAGCGCCCCGACGACACGAGCCCUCUGGAUAGAGCUCAGGCAGCGAAGAACAAAGGCAACAAAUACUUCAAAGCAGGAAAGUAUGAGCAGGCCAUUCAGUGCUACACAGAGGCUAUCAGUUUGUGCCCUAUGGAGAAAAAAGUGGACCUUUCUACAUUCUACCAAAACAGAGCUGCUGCCUUUGAACAGUUGCAAAAAUGGAAGGAGGUGGCUCAAGACUGCACUAAGGCCGUUGAGCUUAAUCCCAGAUAUGUGAAAGCGCUCUUUAGGCGUGCAAAAGCCCAUGAGAAACUAGACAAUAAGAAGGAAUGUUUAGAAGAUGUCACAGCAGUCUGCAUAUUAGAAGGUUUCCAGAAUCAGCAAAGUAUGUUGUUAGCUGAUAAAGUUCUUAAACUCCUCGGAAAAGAAAAGGCCAAAGAUAAAUACAAGAACCGGGAGCCUCUGAUGCCAUCACCGCAGUUUAUCAAAUCGUACUUCAGUUCCUUCACCGAUGACAUUAUAUCCCAGCCACUCCUCAAAGGGGAGAAGUCUGAUGAAGAUAAAGACAAAGAGGGAGAAGCUUUAGAAGUAAAAGAAAACUCUGGGUAUUUAAAGGCUAAGCAAUACAUGGAAGAAGAAAAUUACGACAAAAUCAUAAGCGAGUGCACAAAAGAGAUCGACACGCACGGUAAAUAUAUGGCAGAAGCACUGCUUUUGCGAGCAACAUUCUACCUGCUCAUCGGCAACGCCAACGCUGCCAAGCCAGAUCUGGAUCACGUCAUCAGUUUGCAAGAUGCUAGUGUCAAGCUUCGUGCAAAUGCCCUGAUCAAACGAGGCAGUAUGUAUAUGCAACAGCAGCAGCCUCUGCUGUCCACCCAGGACUUCAACAUGGCUGCUGACACCGACCCCCAGAAUGCCGAUGUCUACCACCACCGAGGACAGCUGAAAAUCCUGCUUGAUCAAGUGGAAGAAGCCGUGGCAGAUUUUGACGAAUGUAUUCGGUUACGUCCUGAUUCUGCCCUGGCACAAGCUCAGAAGUGUUUUGCCUUGUAUCGCCAGGCUUACACAGGGAACAAUUCUUCACAAGUCCAGGCAGCUAUGCAAGGCUUUGAAGAGGUCAUUAACAGAUUUCCAAGAUGUGCGGAAGGCUAUGCUUUGUUCGCCCAGGCAUUAACAGAUCAGCAACAGUUUGGAAAGGCAGAUGAAAUGUAUGAUAAAUGUAUUGUCUUGGAACCUGACAACGCCACUACUUAUGUUCAUAAAGGUUUACUUCAACUUCAGUGGAAGCAAGACCUAGAUAAAGGAUUGGAGCUUAUCAGUAAAGCCAUUGAAAUUGAUAACAAAUGCGACUUUGCGUAUGAAACAAUGGGAACUAUUGAAGUGCAAAGGGGAAACAUGGAUAAGGCCAUCGACAUGUUCAACAAAGCGAUUAACCUGGCCAAGUCCGAAAUGGAGAUGGCCCACCUGUAUUCCCUUUGUGAUGCUGCUUAUGCCCAGACGGAAGUUGCUAAGAAAUAUGGAUUGAAACCACCGACGUUGUAAAAAUCAUUGGAAAGAAAUACGACCCUCUUGUAGUUUACCUCCUCGUCGUCCGAGCCCUAAAGACCCGUAUCGCAAACUCUGUUGAAUGGUGGAACUUCAGUUUUUCCGUUUGUGGUGUUGUCAUUUGUUACAUCUGUUCAGUGUUUAGGUGUUGUGGGAGUGGCUGUCAAGGAAGUUUGCGGUGUUGCAGUUUUCCCUCCCAUGCGGCUGGGUGCCUGUGGAGGUUAGCGAAUCUAUUUGCACAGGGAGCAAAGGAUCUCUUUUGGCCAUGCAAAUAAAACCAGAUUUCUCUUGGUGGGCUUUUUUUUUUGUGUGGGGCAGGGGGGAGGAGGCAGGGUGUGAGAUGGGGCUUGUUUUUCUUUUUGUAUAUACGUAAUAUAUGAAAAUUUUACAGCAUGCUGGUUUUAAAAUAUAGUGAGUGCUGUAAGAGAUUUCUUUGGUACGUAAUUGAUGCUUAUGGGUGUGGUUUGUUUUUUGUUUCUUAAAAAAAGUCCAGUUGGGAGAGAACCAAUUUAGUGGGCAUGCAUAACCCGCUGCUUAGCUGGUCUGGGAAGGCGGGGAGGCAGCCACGCAUCCAUUUUUUUACCAUGGCUCCAAGGGAGGAUACUAACUAUCUUGUCCUCAAGUCCAAAGCAACCGUUUCUCCGCAGUACCUUAAGCAGAAGGGGGAAAACUGUCCUGAGCAUGUUUGCACGUUGGAGAGAUUUAGGAAAAGAACUCAGUAGUAUCCCAACCUAUGGGAGAGUGGCCCAGACAAGGUAAGAUGAAGUGUGUGUUUGCAUUGUGUGCGUUAUGAACUUAAGGCCGUUCAAGCCUGAGACAUUUUCUGCAUUCGGUAGUCCUUCUUAUUUCACAGGGCAUGUUUUUGAAAGCAAAUUUCCAAAACGUUGGCCACGGGGGCGGCCGAAGUAAAGACGAAGGUGAGGGUGAUUACUGAAUUAGCUCCUUAGAGCUGGCUAGGGCUUGUUGCCGUAAACCUAGCUUGUCAGAUGUGUGUUGCUGAAGACUCUUACGGUUGUGCAUGCUAAUGAAAGCUAGUGGAAGUGACUCCAGGAUUACUUACAGGGGAUACUGUUGUUUAAAAUCCUCUAUUAUGUGACCUUGCCCCUCAAUCUACAGGUAUUUCUAAUUAAGGAGAUGUCCCUCUCUUCUCAGUGGGAACUUUGCAGCUUAUUGUCUCUCCGCACCGCACCCCAGCCCAUUUCUUCGGGUUGCCAUUUUGGGUAGACGAACCUGUGUCUUAAAGAGGAGAUUUCUAUCUUUUAGAACCUCUAAGAAGGAAAAAUGAAGAGUUGCCGAGUGCAAUUGGCUUUUGUUGGACCCGAAAUCCUCUCCAUUUAUGGAGGCAGCCCUCUCUAGAAGGGGCAGUGUUCUUUGGAUGCUUUGCUGCAAAAAUUACAUGGGAUAAUUAACAUGGCCUUAAUGCCAGCGGGAGGGUUUUGAGUUUACCAGGGAGGAAGGUGACACGAAAUAGUUGGGAGUGUUAAAAUGUAAAGGCUGUCGCUAUUCCACGUGACAAGCCGUUUGUCAGAGUUCAGGAACGGUCCACUCAUCUCAAUCUUCCUGAAACCCCUGAUUCUCUAAAGGGUGCUUUUGUUUUGUUUUUGCAUGGCCUUAUUUCCAUUGACACUGACAUUAUAAUUUUCUUACCCUCAACCCCCUUCCUCUCCCCUGGGUGGAUGGGGGAAGGAAAAGAAGCAUGUGCCAUUCAAUUAUGACCAUUCCAAACCAUCACAAACCAGUUCUUAAAAUAUUUGAAACUGCACCGAAAGCUAAUCUGUUUUCUUUUGCAAAUGACCUCACCUGUAAAUUCACCAAAUAAAUAUUACAGUCAAGUAUAUUUCUACUUAUUUUCAGCUGGUCAGCCCCGGAGAGAGAAACACACAUACCAACUGAUUCGGCCAGUGCUUGGAGGAGAAAAGGGGCCCAACAGACUUUUAAGAGGUCUGGGCAGACAGAGCCUGGAGUUUUUCCCCUCCAAAAAUUGAUCACCUGUUGUAUCCUCCAAGCAUCCUUUGGUGACUCUGUUGGAAAUUUAGCAUUGAGCUAGGUAUGUUCAUUUUUCUUUUUUAAUGUAAGUUAGGUAUGGGCAUCCGUGCAGAAGUUAACAGAAAAAUGGUCUGGACAAGGGGCCAUAGUGGCACCUCACUGGAUGAUUGGCAUAGGUGUGACAGGAAAGUGAGUUUUACUUGGUAAACUCGAAUGCUUUAUGUGUUGGGGGUUUGAUUUAUCUUUAAAACCCCUCUGGACUAGUAAAUUAGGGUGUUAAGGAUGGGAAAUUGGUUUUGUGGAUAUUUCUUUCUCCUGUGGAUUCAGCGCACAAGGUUUUGAGAGGGACCUAAUGUUGCUACUUUAGAAUGCUAAUAAUGGAGGCCUGGUGUGGGAAUUUGAGAGUCAGGAGUCCUGGGUUUCAGGCUGAGCACUGCCUCUGGCCUUCUGUGACCUCAGGCAUGUUGCUUCACCUUUCUUAUCUGAAAACAAGGGAUAACAACACCUAACUCAUAAGGAGUUGGAGAAUAAAAUGAAAUAUUGGGAAAGGAGUGGAAUGUAAACAAAACAUACUCAGAACCGUGCCCUUUGGGGAAUUUAAUCUGUGUAAAACUGAAUAGGAAUAAAGGACGUUCUACUAACCAA